AUCAGUCUGACAGACAAUUUACCAGCGGUAGACUGGUUAGAAUUUUGUUUGUUAUCGCAAAAUAGCAAUUGUUGAACAAUCCACACGGCAAUUUUUGUCGAAAGCUAGUAAUACGCUCGGCGCCUCCGCACAUGUGGCAACACAAUCAUUCACGCGAAUGUGAUCAAAUAAAUUAAGAGAAAAAAAUAGUCGCAAACUUCGUUACGUCACAUAAGCCAUUUUGUAUUUUGCUUUAUUCGUGCAAUAUCGGGAUUAUAUUUUUUUUCAAAAUCAACGGGAAGCCAUCCUCGUUUGAAGUAUUUUCCGGGAUUAGAUCGACGAGAAAAUAAUUCAAAAUUCCGGUGCCGACGAGAAAUAGAGAUACCGGCCUUUACGGUAACGGUGGUAACAACGGAGGCGAGAUGAAUAACAAAAGGAAAAACAGGGGUCCCGUCAGUAGGGUUCAGAGGACGAGAUCCCUAGCGGCAGAGGGUGUAUACAACAACCCUCACUUCAUGCAUGCGGCGACAAGUCAAGUCGGUAACACGGCGAGAAUCAAAACCGCCUCCGGUGCUGUGUGGGAAGGUAUAUUUAAGACUUUUUCUGGAAGUUUCGACGUCGUCCUUGAACUAGCGGUGAAGAUCGGCAAUCCCGAGUCGAGCGACGCGCGCAUCAUACCCGAAACGUGCGUCGACAAGCUGAUCUUUAAGGCUUGCGACAUUCUCACCAUGAAUUUCAAGAACGUAGACCUCGAAUAUCCCACGAGGGACACUUUUCAGACUGAUACGGCAAUCUCGGCGAGGAUAAACGGCAACAAGUUGGAGGAGCGCGAACUGGAGCCGUGGGACCCGAGCGGCGGACUGAACGGUACUGACAGCGGCCUGGAUCUGGACACCCAGGCGAACGGGUGGGACGCUAACGAUAUGUUUAAGAAAAACGAGCAAGAUUACGGGGUCACGUCCACGUUCGACCAUUCCUUGCGGGGAUACACCGUCCCCCUACAAACGAGCGACUCCGCUGAUUUUCGCGAAGCGCAGGCGCGGGCUGAUCAAAUAGCCAACGAAAUAGAGAAUCAACCCCAGCAUAAGGCGCGACUCGACCUCGAGAACGGCGACGAAGAGUUGGCGUUCGCCGCGGUCAUCAGACCCAACCAGUCGCAAGAAUCGAACGGCAAGUACUUACCGCCCGCGAAAAGGAAGAACCAGAACAACGGCAAGUUAGUCAGGAGUACUCCACCGCCGAGCGGCGGCAGCAGCGCGCAGAAUUCGCCGUCGCCUAAGGAGAACCGCCCACCCAUGACUUAUCCCACGCACCCGUCCCCCCAUCAAAGUCAUCAGAACAACGUUCACGUGGCCAGUCCCCACAAUCCCCCUCUUCAUCAGCAGCAAUCGACGCCACUGCCCUCGCCGCAAAUGCAACACGGACCGCCCCCGAUUCACCUUCACAACUCGACCGGCGGGCCACCGGCUGUCCCGGCCCAGAUGCAGGCCAUGUCCCUUCAGCAGCAACCCCCCAAUAUGAGCAUCGUCCACGGCGCGGCCUCGAGACCCCACUCUCACACGCCCCCACACCAACCGCCGCCCCAGCACUAUCAGGGCGGUAACGGUCCACGUCAAGGGCCGCCGCCUCCAUUGCAGCAUCAGGGCAUGAAACCGCCUCAGAUGAACGGCGACGCGAAGGCGGGGCCCCAACAGAGACAGCAGAGACACCAGUACCAGCAGCAGCAGAGCGUUCAGCAUCAACAGUACCAGGUGGUACCGCCGGAGAUGAAGCAGGAACCGCCGCCCCGCCAACAGCCGCCGCCGCCGCUUCACCGUCCGGAAGAGGCGAUGAAGGAGCUCCAUCAGUUCGCUCACGAGUUUAAGUUGGCGCCCAUGCCGAUGCAACCGCCCAACGAACAACCGAUGGUGACGUCACCGGCCCCGCCCGUGAUGGUCGAGCAGCAGGUAGCGCCGCCGCAAGGCGCAUUGCAACAGCAGCAGCCUCCGCCGUCCCAGCAGCAGCAGCAGCAACAGAUGAAACCGCAACGGCAACCGUCGCCGCCUCAACCGUCGCAAAGCCCGCCUCAACAGCCCCAGUCCGAGGUCGACAAGUUGUCAAGCACGUUGCAGAAGUCGAAGUUGAACCCCAACGCGAAGGAGUUCGUGCUGAAUCCAGCCGCUAAACCUUUCCAGCCAAGGUGGGAGGGAAAUUCGGCGAGGUCGCCGAGUACGCCGUCAGCCAGCAGACCCCAUACGCCCCAAACGCCCAGCCACAGCCCUUACAUACCGGCGACGGUGAGCGGCGGGCCUGGGGCUCCCGGGCCGAUGCCCGUGAUGAUGCCGGUGUACCACAUGAUGAGCCAGCCGCAAUAUCAGCCUCCCCCGUUGCCAGGAAACCGGAUUAAGCGGAUACCGAUCCGUACGGACGUCGCAUCGCAGAUGCAGGUGGCGGCGGCUACGGGUCAACCGCUUCUCGCCCCCGCCCCCAUUCAACAGUUUAUAACGUAUCCGGCGGCGGCGACCGCCCACGGAAUGAACCAUUCGGCGGCAUACCAGGCGAUGCACGCCGCGGCCGUGCGAAUGUACGACGCCGCGGCGGCGGCGGCGGCUGCAGGCGCGCCGCCCCCCCAAAUUCAGUAUUUACCGGCGCCUCCGCAGCAGUCGGGAACGCCCUCGCCCGCGCAGCCGCAACCGUAUAAUCCGGCGGCGGCGGCGGCUGCGGCAGCUGCAGCAGUGGGGCAAGGUCCCCAGGGGCCCGCCCAACAGUAUCAGGCCGCGCCACCACCGCAGGCCCCGCCCCAGAUCCCGAUGGCCUUUUGCAUUCCAACCCCGCAGCACCACAUGGCCCUGUCGAACAUGCAGUACCUGCAGCAGGCGCCGCCCCCUCAGCCGCCGCCGCAACAUAUGCAGGUGCUCAUGCAACACCAGCACCCGCAGGGCAACCCCCACGGGCCGAAUCCUUAGCGAUAGAGGCGUCCGGAACCAUUGCCGUUGCAUUUCGAACAACGGUCCCGCCGCGAAGACAAAGAUUGGGGAAUGCCGGUCUGCGUCUUCCUUAGGUAAUUUCUUUAGUAUCAAUUGUCAGCACCACCUUUUCGUUUACAAUUUCGUUUGCGUCGCGCCAUGCUUACGGGGUGAGUCAACGUCCCCCCCCCCUGCCCUCCAAAUGCCAACGAAAUUUCGAAUCGCCAUCGCCAGAUCCACCUUUAGAUAUCUAUACUUAUCUAAAGUGACGUGCGAUCCCUGAAAAUUCACAUCCCGGCCUGGGCGGGGCCGUGCGUUGGCUCACCCCUGCGAACGUGUCUCUCCCUCUCUCUCGAAAAUAAUAUGUCGGUCGUUUUGAGAUUUUUUUUUUGACAAAAUGUACAACCGGCCAAAACCUGUGUAUUUUUUUUUCAAUUCACGAUAAUUAAAACAUGUACGCUGGGAACUGUUUUCUUUAUGGGGGGGGAUGUUUUUUUUUUUGGCCUAGUCCCUGCCAUAUGACACUUUGCGUCAUUUUCUUUCCAAACAGUGAUUUCCCCACAGUAACCUAGUUUUUUCCUUGUGCAGUAAAAUAGAUUAAUAUGUGGUACCCAUAGAACAGGGAGUCUGCGAGUAUUUCAUGUGUCAGUCUGCUCAACAAAUUUCAUUCUUUAAAAUUUGUAACGAACGAAAAUUCAAAAGGGUGAGAGGUGACCUAGUUUGGAAAGAUAACUUGUAAAAGUUAAAAUUCACCUCAAGAAAUUCGUUUUGAUUUUUCACUUUUAUUCCGUUAUCUUUUCCUCCUACAUCACUAGGUAGUGGAGUGUUACAAAUUUUUGUAAAAAAUUGAAAUGAACUGCAACUGUACCAGCAAAGUAAUGUCUCUAUAUUAUUGUAAAAAAUAAUAUUAAUAGUAAUAUAAAAUUUAACAAAUUAUCUAAUAUUAACCUAACCCUGCAAAUUGUUUUUUCCCUUCCAUGAGUGGUCCAUUGCUGCUAAAGACUUCAAGAGAAACUCCAUUUUUGAAAAGCUGCACUAGUUCUGGCAUCUCUUAUAUAAUGCCAUGGGCAGCGUAUAUUUAAGUCCCAAUACCAAUAUUAGGAAUAAAUUAGACACAUCCUUUCUGACAUUCUGACAAACUACUAAGCCGGGCAAAGAUCGAUUUGCCUUUAGAAAUCCCGAUUCUAAUUGUGAUUUUGAUUAUAAAAUCAUCUUCCUUAAAGACCGCGUCUGCGGUCUGGCAACCGUUUCUAAUAUAGAUUCAACCAUUUUUGACAUUUCGGGUAUAUAAUCAUAUUUUGGGUGGCUGGGUCGCAAAUUUUGGUCCCUUUUAGGAACCUCAACAAAUUAAACACAGAAACUGAAAAGAUCAUCAUAUUUUCUAUAGGAUGCAGAUAAAAUUUCUUCAUCAUUAUGUCUAUUACACAUUGAAUCGCCUUCUGGCGCGUGGAUUUUCCUUUUCAUCGGUUCUUUUUUAAAACUUUUAGUUUUCUUUUGCUGUAAAACUGUGAUUCUCCAACGAGAAUAUGGGUGCUACAUAUUAAUCUAGAAGGAAAACAUAACUGAAUAAAUUACAAACUAACUAUAUUUGCUCCACCUGACUACGAGCAGAAUAGGUUUACCUAAUUGGAAUUUCUGCGUUUUCUGGGUAUUAACUGCCACGAAAUCAUUGAUUAGUAAGGAAAUAGUACCCAAAGAAGUAACACCAUUUGUAAUUUUUUAGAUCGAUAUUAAAAUUAAUUGGUCAUUAACAUGAACAUUAUUUAUUGUAAUGUGAACUGAUUUCAUCAAAUUGGAAAAUGUAAAUUGUUAAAAAAAAAAGAAAAAUAGGUUUUGUUUACUGUCAUUGGCCACGUACGCUAGGAUCCUUCGGGCAAUAGAGUUAGGUAUUUUUGUUAAAGUCUUUUUAUAGACGUUGAGCUUCAAAACUCUCCGUGUUACCGACAAAUAUACCGAUAAUGAAACAAAACUGCCCGGCCGACUAAUUUUCCUAAACGUAGGAAGUUAAAACUAAAUUUCAAAGUGUAGGUGGUGUAUCACAUCGUAUUUAAUUGUUCCCCGACGCCGUCGCAUUAAAUUGGAAGCCAUACCAGCUAAAUUUUUACGGAAAAAUUGGUAAAUACAGGGUAAUAACAUUUGCGGCCCGACUUUAAGGUGAGUAAAAACUAGACUUUAAUAAAAACAAUCAAUCGGUGUUUUUAGAGCUAA